CUCGCGGGGCGGGACUAGGCGGGUUGCGCGCGCAGAAAGCUAAAGUUGGGGGCGUUCAAGAUGGCUGCGGCCGUGUUCCCGGCCUUGCUGCGGCGCUGGAGGAUCGGCGUCCAGCCGGGCUGCGCGCUACGGCGGCUGAGCCAGACCCAAGGGCCUCCCAAUUAUCCCAGCUUCGUGGAGUCUGAGGAUGAAUACCAGUUUGUGGAACGCCUAUUACCCCCCACCCGCGUUCCAGAGCCCCCGAAGCAUGAACAUUAUCCUACUCCUAGUGGCUGGCAGCCCCCCAGAGACCCUCCACCCAACCUGCCUUACUUUGUGCGGCGCUCUCGGAUGCACAACCUCCCUGUCUAUACAGACAUCACACAUGGCAACCGUCAGAUGACUGUGAUCCGGAAGGUGGAGGGAGACAUUUGGGCCCUGCAGAAGGAUGUGGAAGACUUUCUGAGCCCACUGCUGGGGAAGACACCUAUCACCCAGUUUAAUAACAAUGCGCCAAGGACAGUGCUGGGUUGUAUAAAUAAACCCUCAUCCCUGAAAGAGUCCAGGCCACUCUCAAGUCUACAGCCUGAGCAAGAAAAUGGAGCCCAGCUCACUGAUGCUUUGACACCGUAUCUACCAAUUGUUAAUGCAAGCUUUUAUUUGGCUGUAUAUACAAUUCAAGCUAUUAAAAUUUGUACAAUAUUUACAAAUUAAAUAAUCAUCUGAAACUCUCCAGCAACUCACUUAACACAAAACCAAGGGGGAAAAGACAGGGACAGGCAGGCCGUGGCUCCCGUUCCCUGCCUGCCCAGAGCCUUUUCUGAACUGGAAAGACCAGGAGCCUGGCACUCCUGCUCCUCUUCCCUGGGGUCAAGCAUUCAAAUCCAAAGACAAAUUUUAAGCCCAAGAAAAUACAAGGAAGUCACUCCAAUUCUUUAAACUUCAGACAAGUUCUGUAAGUUGAGAAGUGGCCUUCCGAAGAUUCUGGGGCUUGCAGUGGUUCCGGAGCAGACACAAGCCCUCAGCCUGGAGUGAGGCUGGGCAGUGGCUGCUGGGUCAGAGCAGGGACAGUCUCGCUUUAGACAAGCUACAGGGAGAGGGGCCUUGUAGGCAGUGUCCCUCGGUGCUGCCCUCCUGCUUCUCUGCCCCCAGGCACUCCUUUCCCUGAGUUGUGUGGUUGCCAGUAAGACAUGGAAAUGUCACAGGGCAUAAGGGACACAGCCACCACCAGGAAGGGCUUCCAGGGAGUUUAGGGUAAAAAAUGGACACCGGUACCAGUCUUGGUGGGCCAGGGAGCAAGUUCCUGGCCUGCCCCCAGACCCGUGAGUCCUCACUUAGGAAUGGGAGCUAAUACUGUUCGGCACUGCAGUGUGACUCCACACACGCAAGUGGGGCUCAGAGGGCUUCUCAGAGGCUGUGCUGUUCUGCCUUCAAGGCCCCAGCAGAACACAGGGCUGCAGGGCUGGAGAAGGCUGGAACUGACUCAGGAUCCCCUUGGCUGCCCAAGGACUGUAAGGGCUGGAGUCAACUGGGGCCUUAGGCCUCUUUCCACUUGGCCUAGGGGAUGCCACCUCCUUUGUCUCAGAUGUGGGGGUUACUGCUCCCUGGUACAGAGAGGAGCUGGCACUUGGUGGCAGGACAUGUUCCAGCAAGGGCUGCUCGAGAGGGAGCAGGGGCCAGGCCUGGAGCAGUGUCAAUGGGCAACGGGGGAC